GGCAAAAUAGAACCCUCUGAAUUUAUGGACGUCUUAUCAAAAGUGCUGUCCAUUCCUGAACCUUCUGGUUCAGAGAAAGAUAAAUUCAAUGCAUUUAUGUCGGCCUUGUCUCAGAGCAAGAAGCUUCCUGUGGAAGAUGCCUUGAAAAAGAGUGUUGAUGUUCUUACACAUUUAGAAGAUGGAAAGAUUGGUGUUCCAGACCUGAAGGAGUGCCUGACUAAUUUGAAUAUCAAUUUACCAAAGGAAACCAUGGAUGAAAUCAUUGCAUCUUGUGCUCCUGAUGAAAAUGGGAAUAUACAGUUAAAAGAUUUCAUCAGUGGUUUAAAAGAGAUUCCAAAAUUUGCUGAUUCCAUAGCUUUGCAACUAGCCUCUUCUGGCCUAGAAAAUGUCCAAGAUGAUAUCAUUGAUUAUGAUGAACUCAAGAAUGCAUUGAAUGAACAGGGUCUUUAUGCAGCAAGUGAAGCGCUUACACAAAUGUUACCUGAGCUUGCCAUAGAGCAAGGCAAACUAGAACCCUCUGAAUUCAUGGGCGUCUUAUCGAAAGUACUGUUCAUUCCUGAAGCUUCUGGAGUUAAAGAGUCUCUUAGUCAAACCAACAUUCCCAAAAGUGAUGAGAUUAUCCCUGAGCUUCAGGAAAGGCUGCAUCUCAUGGGAAUUCAUUUAAUUGACAAACAAAUAGAGGAAGCAUUGGAUGCCACUGGUGUCAAUGGUGAGUAUUUCAGUGAUGGUGUUUGGCAGAGGAGAAAAAAUGAUUGCAUUUGUAAUCUUUCCUAUAUAGAUGUUUCUCUCAAUUAG